AGUGAAGAAAUAUAAAGCAGAAGAAAACCUUCAUAUGUUAAUUCGCAGCGAUCUAACGGAGGGUUGCGAGCACCGUUCCAAAGAACACCGGCCGGUUUUCUUCCCUACCGGAAAAUUUCCAGGUUAUACAAAGUGAACAAAAGAGGAACGAUAUGUCUAACAAGUUACAGAUUGAAGGGGAUGAAUCGGUUCAUUUACGUAUCACUCAUUCCAACAUCAAGAGUUUUUCUGCUGAUGUUCGGUUCUCUCUACAAAUGACCGUAGAAGCUGUAAAAGAGAAAUUAUGGAGAAAGUGUGGCACUUCUGUUGAGUCAAUGCGCCUCGAGCUUUAUGAUGAAAUAGGUGCUAAAGUCGCAGAUCUAGUCGACGACACAAGACCUCUUGGUUUCUACUCUCCACAAGAUGGUUUCCGGCUGCACGUCAUUGAUCUUGAUCCAUCAUCGGUAACAUCUGGUGGUUGGUUGGAAGAUACAUCCCUUGUGGAGAAAUACAAAAUUUCUGAUGAAGCAUACGGCAAACUUGAUGGUACUUACAAAAAGUUUAAGGAAAGAAUGGGAUCCCAACAUUCAAAUCCCGAAUCGAAAAUUACGGACAACUACAUGGAGGAUCUUUGUACGAACAUAAGGGUUGGAGAGAGAUGUCAAGUUGAACCAGGUGAGAAAAGAGGUGUUGUCAAAUUUGUCGGUCGAGCAGAAACGCUUGCACCUGGCUUUUGGGUUGGGAUUCAGUACGAUGAACCUUUGGGUAAACACGAUGGCAUGGUAAAAGGAAAGCGUUAUUUUGAUUGCCCCCCUCUUUGUGGAGGAAUAGUCAGACCAGAUAAAGUCAAGGUUGGCGAUUUUCCAGAACGAGAUCCUUUUGAGGAAGACGAAAUAUGAGUUGAUUGAAACGGCACGUAUUAUUUACUUUAUUUUGGCGCGGAAUUUGCCUUAAAAUGUUACUGAAACAUCUUAAGAUGAUGUAAUGUAAGGCUUAAAACAAAAAUGCAUUUGUGAGUGAAGAAAAUUGUGAACAAGGACAUGUAUUUUUAUUUUCUUUUACAAAUUGUUCCAUGUUGCUUCUU